AUGCAGCCCCGGGUCCUCCUCGUCGCUGCCCUCCUGGUGCUCCUGGCCUCUGCCCGAGCUCUGGAGGCAGAGGACCCCUCCCUACUGGACCUUAUGCAGGGAUACAUGCAGCACGCCACCAAGACCGCCCAGGACACGCUGACCAGCGUGCAGGAGUCCCAGGUGGCUCAGCGGGCCAGGGACUGGAUGACCGAUGGCUUCAGUUCCCUGAAAGACUACUGGAGCACGUUUAAGGGCAAGUUCUCUGGGUUCUGGGAUUCAGCUUCUGAGGCCCAAACAACUCCAGCCUCUGAUGCCUCCUGA